UCAAACAAAAAUGUUCCGGCAUGAGUAUGGCCUCGCCAUGGAUCGAGACCAAAAUAGCGCCUCGUAUGUGUCCUCCUUCCAGGCCGAUGAUCUGAUGGAAAAGCUGAAACUAUUAAACUACGAGCGACUUCUACUCAAGGAAAUGAAAAUGAAGCAAAUCAAUCGAUACUAUUUCCUUAAAUCCUUCAAUCCGGGCGAACAAUUCUUCAUGUUUACCUCCAUCUGUGCCUGGCUUAUUCGGAAAAUUGGCAAAACUUUCGAUCAACCGCAGGAAUUUGAUGACCCCAACAUGGUUAUUUCUAGGAUUAUACGAGUGCUGCAAGAAAUGGACGUUCCCACAGACUUUCAAACGAACAAACUCAUUCAAGGAGCCGGACCGAUUUGCAUCUACAUCAUGGACUGCCUGGCGACACAGGCCUUGAAGUUAACAAAAUUUCAAAUCAAGCGACCCGAAUGCCGAAAAGAGGAUGAUCCUAUGGUGGAUCUGAUCGAAAACGAUUCGGAGAUAAUCUUGGAAAAAAUGGAAGAAGAACAAAUGGUAGAAGGAACCGACGAGAGCGAUGACGAGGGAAAUGGAUUGUUCGAUUUGAAUUAUUCCGACCAGAAGAACAAGAAAAUAACCAACAAAGAGUACAAGGUCGACUCGUUGACGGAUAGUGAAAAUUGGCGAUUGGAGUUGGAGCGAGUUCUACCCCAGCUGAAAGUGGUGGUCAAAACUGAUCCCCGGGAUUGGAGAGCGCACCUGGAGCAGAUGAGAAGCCUUCGAUCGAACAUCGAAAGUGCCACCGAGGAAACGGACAGUCAAUUGAAGAAGCUGCAGACGGACAUCAGCUACGUUAUGGAAAAAAUAGAAAGUCGCGAAAAGCACUUGAACAACGAUUUGAAGGAGUUAGUUAGGCAGUACAAAGAGAUUUUAGUGGAAUACAAUCAGGUUAAUAAUCAAAUCAAGAGAAGUGAUGGUGAGAAAACUGAGAAAGAGCAUGAACUUUCAAAAAUUACAAACGAGUUGGAGAACAUAAAGAUUCAGAUGGAACAACGAGGAAACUCGAUGACGGAUGGAAGUCCCUUGAUUAACAUCAAGAAAGCCAUAUUCAGAAUCAAGGAAGAAAUCUCCGACAUGGAUAUAAAGAUUGGCGUUAUGGAACACACGUUGAAUUCGGAAAUUAUCAAACAAAGCGCUCAAUAUGCAGAAUUUGAUUCGUUUGUUAUGGCUGCUCAUUAG